GUCCGGACCCCAGAGAAAAGAUCUAUCUCCCACCCCCCUCUUCUUCCUAUACCACCGAGAACCUGGGACGGAGGACGAACUUGCGGACAUCGCAAGUCACCCACUAUCAUUUAAGAUGUCCUCCGACGAGAUUGUCUGGCAGGUGAUUAACCAGCAGUUUUGUUCCUACAAAUUGAAAACAACCAAAGGCCAAAACUUCUGCCGCAAUGAAUACAACGUCUCGGGCCUCUGCAACCGGCAAUCCUGCCCGCUGGCGAACUCCCGAUAUGCGACGGUGCGCUCGGACCCGGAGACGGGGGUGAUGUACCUGUACAUGAAGACGAUCGAGCGGGCGCACAUGCCGAGCAAGUGGUGGGAGCGGAUCCGGCUGUCGAGCAACUACGCCAAGGCGCUCGAGCAGCUGGACGAGCGGCUGAUCUACUGGCCCAAAUUCCUGGUGCACAAGUGCAAGCAGCGACUGACGCGGCUGACGCAGGUGUCGCUGCGCAUGCGACGGCUGGCCAAGGAGGAAGAGCGGUUGGGCGAGACGGUCGUGCCGCGGUUGGCGCCUAAGGUGCGGCGGCGCGAGGCGACGCGCGAGCGCAAGGCUGAGUCUGCGGCGAAGAUUGAGCGGGCGAUUGAGCGUGAGCUGAUUGAGCGGCUGCGCAGUGGGGCGUAUGGUGAUCGGCCGCUUAACGUUGAGGAGGGGAUUUGGAAGAAGGUGCUGCGCGGGUUGGAGAGGACUGGUGAGGGUGAGAGGGAUGAGGAUAUGGAUGACGGAGAGAGGAUUGAGGAUGAGGAGGAGGAAGAGGAAGAGGAGGGCGUGGGGCAGGUGGAGUAUGUUAGUGAUGUUGAGGAGAGUGACUUGGAGGAUCUGGAGGAUUGGAUUGGUGGGAACUCUGGCGAUGAUAGUGAGGAUUACAGUGAGGAUGAUGAGGACGAGGAUGAAGACAGUGAGGAGGAUGACAGUGAGGAGGAUGACUCGCAGCAUAGUGAGGAUGAGGGCGCCAAGAAGAAGCCCGCGCCGGGCUUCAAGCGGAAGCGUCCUGCUCCCCAGGCUAAGCCCCGCAAGAAGGGUCCUCGCAUUGAGAUCGAGUAUGAAACUGAGGGUCCCGGCAAGGUCUUGGCCUAAAGCCUUGUUGGAGAUUUCUAUGCUCGAAGGAAACGUGGACUACAAAAAGCUCGGUGUUGAUCGUCUUUCGUAUGGCGUUGUCUGGUUGCUCUUUCGUUUCAUGUACUUACUGCCUCAUUUUCUUGUUGUCUUAUGCUGCGAUCGGGCAUCUCAUACCCAGCCAUUGCAUAUAGCUUGUUGAAUGUUGUUGUCGCUGAUG